UGCAACAUCAGAUAUUGCCUUUUUGCAGUUCUGCGUCACAGUGUUUCACUUCCAUUUGUUUUCUAUGCUGUUAAUUUGCAAGCACAAAAACCUGUUUGGAGGCUGAACUUCUCACUGAGUUUGAUUUUAGCAGAAGGCUGUAAAGCAUUCAUUGAAGACAAGGUGUCCUUCUGAAGGAAAUUACCACUCAGAGAACCCAACUGCACAGAGUACAUCACACAGAACCACCGCAUCACCUGUGCCCUCACAGCUGAGGAUGCUGUGCGCCCCGCCUACCUCAUGGCAUUGCAAGAGUUUGAGACCUUUGAGAUUUUCUUCAGGGAGCUGUUCAUGCUCCAGAUUGUCUAUGGUGUCCAUGUGGAUGAUUCAAGGAGCCAUUUCCCUUCCAGCAGGCAGCGUUGUUUUCUCGGCGCCUCCCUCAUUUCCUGGGCAAAGAGGGUGGUCUAGGGCAGCACAUCCCACCUGUGGGCUGACUUCCACUGCAUGCUUGGCCUUGGCCAUGCCCUGGUGCUCCUACUCAACACCUGUGGUCAGGACCUCUCCUUGAAGCACGUCAGGAUCAUCCAGCUGCUGAAGGGCCUUGGGGGCAAGAACAUCACACCGGGUGCUGCCACUCCCCAGGUCACCACCUGCACCAAAUAUGUGCACAGGGAGCAAUUAUAGUCUUCCUUUUCUUUCACGCUGUGGACAUUUGUGUGCAAAUGGCCAUCUGACCACCUGUUUUGGCUCUGUGUCCACGGCCACCACCUGGCUCUUUGUGGGGUUCGUGCAGCAGGACCAGCAUGUUCUCCAUCUGCUGGAGCGGCCCGAGGACACCAACAGCCCUGA